CUGGCACUGGUCUGGCACUGGUCUAGCUGGUUCUGUGUGGUGUAACAGCUGGUCCGGAGGCGUUUAUGUCUGUGCCAUUUCUCUUCGCAAACGAGAUACCUUUUGUAUUAAUUUUCAGGCCUGAACUAACUCGUGAAGGAAACAAGAUGAGCCGGAUUAACAUUGAUGAACCACGGUGGGAUCAGAGCACAUAUGAGGGUCGUGCCAAGCAUUUCUUCACCAUCACCAACCCUCUUAAUCUUUUGUGUUCACCAUCUGAAUUAGAAGUAGCCAAAGAUGUUGUAACUAAAUACAGGAAUGGAGAGGAAGUAAAUUUAUCAGAAGAUGCGAUAUGGAGGGCAAAAAGUAUUUACGACUCUGCUUUCCACCCCGACACCGGGGAAAAGAUGAUGCUGAUUGGCCGUAUGUCUGCACAAGUUCCCAUGAACAUGACUAUCACUGGAUGUAUGCUGACUUUCUACAAGACAACUCCAGCAGUUGUGUUCUGGCAGUGGAUCAACCAGUCUUUCAAUGCUAUCGUCAAUUACACAAACCGCUCUGGAGAGACUCCAAUUAGUGGGAAGCAGCUUGGAACAUCAUACGUACUUGCAACUGGAGGAGCUCUAAUCACAGCCCUUGGCUUGAAUAGUUUAGUUAAGAGUAUGCCUCCUUUAAUUGGACGUCUUGUGCCCUUCACAGCUGUGGCAGCUGCCAAUUGUGUUAACAUUCCUAUGAUGAGGAUGAAGGAGCUUCAGGAUGGAGUGACACUCUUGGACCAGAAUGGCAACAAAGUGGGCCAGAGCAAGACAGCGGCCAAAUGGGGCAUCGGUGCUGUGUGUGUUUCCCGAAUCAUGAUGGCCGCACCUGGCAUGGUAUUACCACCUAUUGUCAUGAAUAUCCUUGAAAAGCGUGGUACCCUGCAGCGUAGGCCAUGGAUAUCUGCUCCACUGCAAGUAGCUCUGUGUGGUGUGUGCCUCACAUUUGCCACCCCAGCCUGCUGUGCACUCUUCCCUCAAAAGUCGUCCAUUGCUGUAUCUAGUCUAGAGCCAGAAUUGCAGGAGAAGAUUCGCCAGCUACCGAAUGCACCGGAGACUGUGUACUAUAAUAAAGGGCUGUAGAAACAACUUCUCGCUGAAAUGUGGUCAUCAGCUAGAGUGAAAUUUUUCAUGUCUUACAGAGCCUUUUAAAUAUACAGUAUAUAUAAAAUAUAUACAGUAUAUAUAUAAUAUAUAUAUAUAUAUAUAUAUAAUAUAUAUAAAUAUAUAUAUAUGAAUGUGAUGUGAUAUAAGAAAACAUAUUUGCACAUUAUAGUUUCAUCCAGAACUUAAGACAUAUCAUUGUCCCUCAUUUUCCUUUUAGUAAUAUAAAGUGAAAACAAAAAAUAUCACUCAAAAAAAAAAAAAAAUACUUCAAAGAGCAUGGUAUCAAAAGGAAGAGUCUUUAGUUCAGAUCUGUUGGUGAAGGUUGUAGAAAUACAUUCUGAAAAAUGGGGUUUAUAUAUAAAGGCUUGCUUAUGUAGUGAGAAUAUAAAAACGGGAAGCUCAGCCCGAGGAGUUUAGAUCUUCGUGGCAUUAAGUAGCUAUGGUAGAAGUCAAACAUUUGCUGUGUCUUACCACAGGGCAAAUGCAUUUUGUAAUUCUUUUAACUUUAUUUUUUUUUAUAAUUCCAGGAGAUGAAGACUUUGUAUCAAUAUUUCUUUGUACAGUAUUAGCAAAUAGUAAAUGCAACUCUAUAGGGUUUUUCAGCAAUAUUGGAGGAUCAGUAUUGUAUUAUUAAUAAAGGUAGAAUAUUU